AUGCAAUAUUUUACCGAUAACAUGUUUAAGCAGUUGCAACAUCGUUGGGCAUAUGAAUUUUCUGGUACAAAAGAUAAGCAUGAUCUAACAGCUCAACGGUCAAUGUUCUUGAAAAAUAUGAAAAUCAAGUGGCUAAUUCUCAUCUUUAAUCAAUCUUUAACACGCGAAAGAUGGAUGUUGUGUGUAGUUUCGUCAAUGAAAGUCUUCUUCUUGGUCAACUCCAUGGAAAUCGAUUCACAAUCACACCAAGGUUGGAUCAUUACUGCAGAUAUUUAAUUUAUUUUUUCAUUUGGGCAUAUAAUUCACCAAUGAUAAGGGUGAGGAGAGUAUUUUCGUCUUUUGCAUUGUCGAGAAGUGUUUGCAAAUUUUGAGGAUACUCAUACUAUAAAGGCAAGCAUCAGAUGUCAUAGGAAAACAUGGAUUUAUUAACUACUUUGGUAUGGAUGUAGUUCUCCA